AUGAUAUACAAUUCGAUAUACUAUUCAAUAAGCAACCUUAUCAACAGCAAAGACAAUAAGAGUUCACCCUUGACCUUCGAUUGCCUCGUGACCCUCGACUACCCUUUGACCCUCGACUACAACCUUUACUACCGAUUCAUCCGACUCGACCCUUACCCAACCCAUUGGUUUAUCGAUAACCUUACGUACCACUCAUCUUCGAACACCGCGAACUUUAAGGACGAAAAGCAAAUAGAGGAGGUGGAGGCGGAGGUGAUGAUAGUAGAAGCAACUAUACGGAAGACUCUUACCGUAAAGAUAACUACAAAAGAGGUAGAAGAGGCGGUGGAAGAGAAGGUAGAGGAAGAAGUAAAAGAAGAGGUGGAAGAGGAGGUGGUAGAAAAAGCGGAGCUGAUUGGCGGACUCAGUAAGAUGUAUAGACAUAAGAAAGAGCUCAAAUAUAAUAAAGGAAUAGUUGCUGUUCAAUUACAAUUAGCAAUCGAUAUUAUUCAAAAAGAGCGCCAAAUACUCGAAUACACAGCUCCUCCUACUAUGUACUAUGCUUCUAACGACCAUAAUUGCGAUACUAAUUGCAAUUACGAGACCUAUUACACCGAUCGAAACUAUAAAAGAUCAGGUGAGAGCUAUAACCGUAGCUUAAAAGGCUAUAAUCGCGGUAAUAAAGGCAGAGAUAAGAACAGAGGUUUUGCACGUAAAAGAAGGAAUAAAGGCUUCCGCAAAGGUAGAAAGCCUAAAUACGACGAAUACGAUCACGGUGACCGCAAUUACUUCACUCAAACCUUUCUUACCGAAGCUAAAGAAGUGAUAAGCGCCGAGACUAUUGCAAUUUUGCAAAAACGCUCAGCUUACUACGCUUUCAUCACCUUAGACGCUAUGAACUUUUCAAUUGAAGAAGAUAAGACCGUUCCACUAAAGACUUACAUUUCACACUCCCGGUAUUCAGCUUACCGAUUCCAAAGCUUCUUUCUCGAUUCGGGAGCUGCAAUCUUAGUCGAAGCUUAUAAUAGCGUCGGAAAAGUAGAACGCUAUUAUGGCCCUCUCCGAAGAAUAUACAAUAUUCUAAAAGAAGAACUAGCAGCUUUCAAAGCUAUUAACGAUACAGCCGGCCCCGGAGGUAUUGUCCUUACAUUACUCGUAUACGGCGCAUACCCACGCCUUUCUAAGACAGAUUCUUUAGCACUAUCUAUAACAAAGAGACGAGAAGCCUUUCGAGCUGCAAUCAAAGAGAUUCGUCGACUACAAGCUGAAAGAAAAGUCAAGGACGCCUUAGCAAUGCGAAAUGGACUAAAUACCUUAGAAACCUUCAACCUCUCCUUGCAAUCAAACGUCAGAGUUUAUAAAGAAGUAAAAGGUAAACCAAGCAAAAGCGAAUGGACCGGACCGCACAAGCUAAUUGCACGUGAAAACGAGACUUGCAAAGUACUCGUAAACGACCGAAUUAGCGAAUUCCGUUCAGUAAUUGUCAAACCGUAUUAUAAAACACCUUCAGAUACGCUAAACCUCGAAGAAUCCUUGCCACCGAACCGGUCAACUAAAGCUAAACUACUACCGGUCCAGUUUACAAGACAACUUACUACUUUAGCUAUUAAGAUUGGAUCACGCUCGCGCAAACCGAAAGGCAAUUUAGCAGUUCGCUACAGCCCUCGUCACCUUUUUGCAAGUAUAAAAGAGUUCAAAGAUUUUGACGAGCAAUUUCUUAAUUACGAGAGUGAUGUUAUUAUAGUAUUCCUUACUCAUAAAGAAAAGGCUGAUAUUGCGCUCUUUACGAAGCUCAGAAACGAAGGAGUUAUUACUACGCCCGGCGAGCAAUUCGUGAAAUCACGCUUCCAAGAGCUAAAGGGCUUAAUAGAAAAGGAGGUAUUUGAAGUUGUAGAAUACAACCUUGCGGUCCACGGAACAGGCCGUAUAUUUAACUCUCGAAUGGUCGAUAAGGUCAAAGGCAAGAAUACCCCCGAAUUAUACGAAAAAUCACGCCUUGUUAUUCAAGCUUAG